AUGCCCAACCUCCCGUGGAGACUGCUGUCCCCGAGCUCCCUCCCCCCAGACCCAUGGAGCAAAUCCCUCACUCACCGUCGACCGCAACGUACUCCUACAGCAAGCGCGGGCAUUUCUGGCCUCGCCUCAGCGGAAAAGGGCUUGACGGAUACUGAGAUUAGCGUGCUGCUCUAUGAAUUGCCACAACCUGCCCCAGCAGUACCUCCCCGGACAUAUCCCCGGCCUCCUCCCUCUAAAGUCCCAUAUAUGCUGCUCAACAUCUUGCGCGCGUUCACUUGGGUAGCUGGUGGCUCUGCUGCUCUUCUGCUUGCGUACUUCCGUUUCCUCUAUCCUAGGAUUGCGCAAACAUAUCAGGCACGCGUCUCACUACACGUGCAUCGUAGCGCACUUCUUGACCGCAUGACAAAAACUCUGAACGACUUGAAGGCCACCCAGAAAACCACGUUCGCAGUGCUGCCACAGCCCGAGCUCUUGCGAGAGCCGCCACAGUAUGCCAUAUGUUCCACUCUAGACGAACUCGUGGAGGCCAGCGCGGGGUCAAGGGACAUCUCCGCCCAGUCGCUGCUUCGUUGCGCCAUUGCCGAGUGUUCAAAAACGGGCCAGAAUGCCACCUCGGCAGACCUCUUCCGCGUCCUUGUGACCAAACUCCCAUGGAUCCCUGAAGAGGGGGCGAACUACGAGGAUUCCCUCUGGCAAACACUCACUACUACUCCUGCCUUCCUGCCUACUCCCUCGUCCACGUCCAUGUCCACGUCCUCAUCCCCAUCCCCAUCCCCGCCUACCCCUAGCGUACCCGCGGCCCCCACCCAAGACACGAUCUGGACCUACAACCCGUCGCCUUCCGCGCCCGCACCCCCGCUCCUCGCCUCCCUCAGUGCGCUCUCCGCGGCCCUCCCUGCGGUCCCCGCAAGCCCUCCCCCGUCCAAGUUCGGGCACACGCUCGACGCGCUCGUUGCGUUCACCGGCCACCUCGCACGGCAGGUGUACGCCCCCACGCUCCCCUUUCGCACGUCCCUCCCCGCCCCCACCGUACCCCCGGCGCUCGAGGACGACCUCCGGCGCGAGAUCCGCGCGCUCAAGGGCCUCGUCCUCAACCGCCGUUCGUUCAUGCCCCGCUCCCCGCUCCCCGGCAGCGCCGUCGGCAUCGCCGCAACCAGCGGACGUGGGGGCGGGAGUGCCAGCACGGGCUCCACGAUCGUCGCGCCGACGCCGCACUACUCUGCCCCACCCACGACGGCGGACCCUGCCUCUUGA